GUCGAGAAACGUACUGCAUCGUCGGUUUGAACACGGUAAUAACGGACAGGAAGCAAGCUAACUCGUUGACUGUACAAUGUGAGAAAGUGUGUGAGUGGAUACGGAACAGAAGUAGCUAUCUAGAUCGCUUCACCAGCAAAAUCCCAUUCACCCAGCUCGGGAGAAAGGAGGCGUGACCUGGUUUGGAACAGAGGAGGGUGGUGGUCCCGGAGUCAGUGGGUGGUUGACAUAAGGCUCAAGGGAAGAGGGGGACACUUCAGCUGCAACAAAACACUCGUCGGGGCUGUGCGCAAACGCACCAUCGUCAUCCCUGAAAAGGCAUGCCGAUGGAGCAUCUGUGGUAGGAUGAGGAGCCCGGCGCAUCGCUGCAGGGACAUCGAGAGGCAAGCCGGCUACCUGCAGCCAGAGCACUGCGCCCCUCCCCCGCCCCGCAGCCGGCCCGACGCCAUGUGGUUCAUCCGCGACGGCUGCGGCAUAGUCUGCGGGGUCAUCACCUGGCUCCUGGUCUUCUACGCCGAGUUCGUGGUGGUCUUCGUUAUGCUGCUGCCUUCCAAGAGCCUGGCUUACAGCCUUGUCAAUGGAACGCUCUUCAAUGGCCUUGCCUUCCUCGCACUGGCCUCCCACUUCAGGGCCAUGUGCACAGACCCUGGAGCUGUGCCAAAAGGAAAUGCCACAAAAGAGUUCAUCGAGAGCCUUCAGCUGAAACCAGGCCAGGUGGUUUACAAGUGUCCAAAAUGCUGCAGCAUCAAGCCUGACAGAGCGCACCACUGCAGUGUCUGUAAACGCUGCAUCCGAAAGAUGGACCACCACUGCCCCUGGGUCAACAAUUGUGUGGGAGAGAACAACCAGAAAUACUUUGUGCUUUUCACAAUGUACAUUGCGUUGAUAUCUCUACAUGCCCUGGUGAUGGUGGCCUUUCAUUUCCUGUACUGCUUUGAAGAAGACUGGACAAAGUGCAGUACCUUCUCGCCUCCAGCGACUGUCAUCCUGCUCAUCCUCUUGUGUUUUGAGGGACUCCUCUUCCUCAUUUUUACAUCUGUGAUGUUCGGGACCCAAGUCCAUUCAAUCUGUACAGAUGAAACAGGCAUAGAACAGUUGAAAAAGGAAGAGAGAAGAUGGGCUAAAAAAACUAAGUGGAUGAACAUGAAGGCGGUGUUUGGACACCCCUUCUCUAUAGCAUGGCUUAGCCCAUUCGCCACGCCUGACCACGGGAAGGCUGACCCGUACCAGUAUGUGGUCUGAAAAUGUUGGACAGAUCCGCUCCCCUCCCCAACUCCUCAUCCUUGCCCCAAUCCUGACAGCCUGUCCCCACCCCUCCCCCCGCGUCUCACCCCCUUGCUCCCAUUAAGUGCAAAGACAGAUGCGGGCAGGCACUGCUCCUCUCGCUGGCUACGCUGAACAUGAUUGUAACCCAAACUUAAAUCGCUCAUCCUCUGAUACUUUUUUUUGUGUCAACCAUUUAAAAAGCUGUAUUGUUUCUUUUCAUCUGGGAGCAGUUGCAGAGAAAAAGAAUGACCUGUCAGAUCUUCCUGUUUUUUGUUUAACCUUGUAACUUUUUUGUCACUCGUUUGUUUGCGUUUCUUCACCUGAAGCUGUUUACUGUAUUGAGCGAUUCCCUUUCCUUCUGUUCAUACCAAUGUCCCCCUAAACCCUUAAUUUGAAAAACAUACAGGGUGUUUAUGUUACCUGAUUAUUCUGCUAUAAAUCACAGCAAGCACCAUCUCUUUCGAAAGUGGUAAAGAGACAGUCCAUCUGAUAAUCUUUGUGAUCAUCUGUG